AUGGUGCGCCACGAUGCCAACCCCGCCAAGGGGUAUGACAACCCGACUAUUAGCGUUACCGACGAAUCGGUGGUGCUGGAAAUGAACAACGGAAAUGGAAGCACUCAAAACCAUCGUGAUAGCCUGCUGGGAUUGAGUGAGCCACUGCCCCGUUUGGAUCAUUACCGGGCGUCGCAGAGGAAUGCCAAGCGACCCUCGAUCGGUGUACUGCAUGGUGAUCGCGACUCCAAGCAUGGCGAACCGGAAGAGCAGCUCGAAGAGGAAGCCAAGGCACCGGGUCACGCGAUUCGGCUCGGUUGGGUGCAAGGAGUGCUGAUUCCGUGCCUGCUCAACAUUUGGGGUGUGAUGUUGUUCCUGCGUCUCAGCUGGGUCGUCGGAGAAGCUGGUAUCAUCCAAACGCUGAUCAUUAUUGCCUUAUCGUAUCUGGUCUGUGUAAUGACCACGCUGUCGUUGUCGGCCCUCUGCACGAACGGACAGAUUAAAAGCGGCGGCUUGUACUACAUCAUCUCCCGUUCGCUCGGAGCAGAAUUUGGUGCCUCCGUCGGCAUCGUAUUUGCCUUUGCCAACUCCGUAAACGCAGCAAUGAACACGAUCGGUUUCUGCAGCUCGCUCAAUGAUCUACUCAGAAGUCUCGACACGAAGAUCAUCGACGGUGGGGUGAACGAUAUUCGCAUAGUCGGAUCCGCAUUCUUGCUGCUGAUGAUCAUCAUCUGCGCCAUCGGCAUGGACUGGGAGGUGAAAGCACAGAACUUUCUGCUGGUGUUGAUUGUGGUGGCCAUCGCUAACUUUAUCAUCGGAGCCAUAAUCGGUCCGGGGGGCUCCAGUGAGGACAUUGGUAAAGGAUUUCUGGGGAUCUCGUCGGCUCUGCUGGCAGCCAACAUGGGCCCGGGCUACACGAUCAUGAACGGUGUCCAGCAGAACUUUUUCAGCGUGUUUGCGAUCUUCUUCCCGAGUGUGACCGGCAUCCAAAGUGGUGCGAAUAUCUGUGGAGAUCUUCGCGACCCUGCCAAAGCAAUUCCUAAAGGUACACUGUGGGCUUGCUUGAUUUCGGCCAUUUCGUACGUAUUAUUCUCGUUUAUGGCGGCCGGUGCCGCAGUGAGAGCUGCCUCGGGCAACGCCUCCGAAUUGGUGGGAGUUAGUUUCAACAGCUGUGCUGCAGGAAACUGUACUUACGGAUUGCUUAACGACUACACGGUCAUGCAGCUGAUUUCACUCACCAGCGCCAUCACGUAUGCCGGCUGUUGGGCGGCCACACUUAGCACUGCCCUGACGAACAUACUGUCCGUACCGCGCCUUAUUCAGGCUCUCGGUAUCGAUCGCAUCUACCCGGGAUUGAUUUUCUUCUCCAAGGGGUACGGCAAACACGGAGAGCCGUACCGUGGAUACGGUUUGGUGUUUCUUGUUUCGCUUGUCUUCAUACUGAUUGCCGAUCUGGAUGCGAUCGCAUCGUUGAUCACCAACCUUUAUCUUGCGUCGUAUGCGUUUAUCAACUUCUGUACCUUCCACGCAGCGGUCGUAAAGCCUCUCGGAUGGCGGCCUACCUUCCGCUUCUAUCACCCUUACGUGAGCCUCCUAGCGACGAUUCUCUGCGUAGCGAUCAUGUUCCUGAUAUCCGUCGUCUCGUCGUUCAUCGCCAUGGCUUUUAUCUUUGUGCUGUACUUAGUUGUGGUCUAUCGCAAACCCGACGCCAACUGGGGAUCAUCCGUGCAGGCACAGGCCUACAAAACCGCCCUCAACGCCACGCUCAAUCUCGAGGGUACGAGCGAUCACGUGAAGAACUAUCAGCCGCAGAUUCUCGCCAUCGCAGGAGAUCCCAUGCAGCGACCGGCGCUGAUCGAUCUGGCCCAUCUCAUCACCAAACAUAGCUCGCUGAUGGUGAUUGGUAAUAUUAUUCCGCAGCGCCUUCCGUACAAGAGGCGACGAGCGUUGUCAAACAUGGGCAAGUGCUACUUGAAGGACUCCAACAUCCGAGCGUUCUACAAGAUCGUGGAUGCAGUUGAUUUCGACCAGGGCGCGCGCUGCUUGAUUCAGUCUACCGGGUUUGGCCGUCUGGCUCCCAACAUUCUCAUGCUGGGAUAUAAAAGCAACUGGCGCACUGCUGGUCAUAGCCAACUGAACGCGUAUUACAACACUCUUCACACCGCCUUCGAUAACCGUCUUUCCUUACUCAUCCUGCGCAUGGGAAAAGGCCUGGAUAUCUUCAAAGGACUUUCGCACAACGACCUGUACACAACGGUUCCUUCACCCCCAGAAACGACCGUUUCGAUCACGACUACGAAACGUAUGGCCGUCCGACGAUCGCUGAUGCCGGUCAACUCGAAUCUUGACCUGCACGAGUUGAUACAAUCUAACCGUUCUAACCAGACAUCGCCUGCACCGACGUUCCAUGCCGCUCCAACGUUCGAUUACACGCCACCUAAGGUAACUGCCGAGCCGGAAGCGAAUCUGUUCAAGCAAAAACAACCCAAGGGAACGAUCGAUGUUUGGUGGUUGUACGACGAUGGCGGUUUAACGAUGCUCCUUCCGUACAUCAUAACGACCCGUUCGAAGUGGGAAAAAUGCAAGAUACGAGUAUUUGCACUGUCCUCGGUUAACGUCCAGGAAGAGGAAAAAAACAUGAAAUUGCUACUCGAUAAGCUGCGUAUCAGCUACCUCAGCCUGACGAUGGUGAAGGUGACGGACAAACCAAAGGAAACGACCAUUGAAGAGCACCGGGAGAUGUUACGUAACGUAACCGACAGCAACGAUGAUCUGCCUGUAUUGUCCGAAGCGGAGAAGCAACAGCUCGAGAUUAAAACUAACCGCCAACUUCGCCUCCGAGAACUUCUACUGGAGCACUCGAAAUCGGCCUCGCUUAUCGUCAUGUCUAUGCCAGUUCCAAGACAGGAUACCGUGUCGGCCGUACUGUACAUGUCUUGGUUAGAAAUGCUGACCAAGGAUAUGCCUCCGUUCUUGUUGGUGCGCGGCAAUCAGACGGAAGUCCUCACUUUCUAUUCUUAGCCGAUACGGUGGCAAACAUUCACAUAGCACGUCGCGAACGUAUUGACCUAAAGCGAAUAAAUCCAACCAAAUCGAACGCAAUCAGUGUUAUCAUGGAUUUACACCUCCACCCAGCAGCAUUGGCCACGGUCUGAUCUGGCAAAACGGUGUUGGCGGUCAAGUUAACGCCACCUUCCGACAUCAGGCAUGCGAUUGUAAAUUGAGAAAGUACACAACGGUCACGGUGUUAAUUGGAUCUGGCGUUAUGACGUUGAGCCCAAUCGGUGCACCCUCUACUAACCGCAUGUAACCAUAUCAUCGGUUCUCUCCUGCAUAGGUAUCAAUUAUUCGAACCAUUCCAUAUAAGCUUGCUUGUUCCCGAAGGGCCAA